CAACAGAAGUGCUUUUCAAGUCUGCCAUGUUUUGUCCUAUUUGUCGCGCUUGAUCAACGCGAUCGCGUUCACUGUUUAAAAAUUGUUUUCUGUAUGUAUUACGGGAUAUGUUUUGUUUACAAAUAUAGUUUGGUUGGUAGUGCUAAUACUUAUAAAAUGAAACUAUUUAAUGAAUCCAUAUCGUUACGGGAGUGUGCAACUGUGUAGUUCGUAUUACAUUAAAUUUUGUAUUUGCUUGAUGCCUCGCAACUGACUUUAUUCUGAGAAAUUUCGUCGCAGUGUCUGAAACGUUUAAGCUUAUAUUGUAUUUUUCCAAAUGUUGCUGAUUUUUUGGGAAUGACACAACCCACGUGCACCUAUUAUAUCGAACAGCCCAUGCAUAUUUGUUAUUAUUUUGUUCCCUAUUUCAAUUCGUAAUUCGUGGCUCGUAUUGUACCAGUCUCGUUCGAGUCGAGGAGUGGGGAACCGCGUCGCGCGUUAUGUCGUUUUCCGUGCGUUUCGCUCUUCAGUAAUUAAUUGUUUCGGAAUAGUUGACAGCGGUUUCUAAUCAUAUUGUGAGUAUAAUUUGUGGUAGUGAGUGUUUUGUCGGUGCAGCGCACACGGCGCACACGUGACAAGGGACGAGUGUUUGGGUGUCAGUCGGCUGCGACUCGCGGGCGCCGGCACAGUUCGCCUGCAGUGCAGAGCACGCGACGGCCGUCAGAGGUGAAUCACCGACGGGCGCCGUUUUCAUCGCGCUUGUUUACCCGCGUGUGCAUAAGUGCGUAGAGCGGAAGUGCAAGGCAUGUGCGCCGCGCGACGGCGCCGAUGACAUCGCCGUCCAGGGCGACGGCGUUCUAAACGCGAGUGUGUGUUAGAUAUGUUCCUUAGGUUAUGAGUGUGUGACAAAGUUAUAGUGUGCUGAGGACACUGGAGCCCCUAGACGGAGUUGGGCCCGCCGGGGCGGCCCUGGUGCUUCUCGGGGCUCCUCACGAAGGCAAAAUGGCAGCGUGGAACCGCCAUCACCACUUCAACAUGCUCAUGGAUGAAAAUGCCAAAAACAAAUUGGGCGUUGUCGGCGGCGGCAUGCCAGAAGCCGCCGGUGGCGAGAGGCGGCACGUGCCGCUGUAUGGCCGGCUGGUGGCUGAAGAACAGCUCGCGUCCAUGAGCGCGCCUUCAGACAUUCAGGCUAUGCAAGCCAGAAUACCACAUCACUUUCGGGAUCCUUCGACAGCGCCGCUACGGAAACUUAGCGUCGACCUCAUUAAAACUUACAAACACAUAAACGAGGUAUAUUACGCGAAGAAAAAACGGAGAGCGCAGCAGUACCUGGGCGAGGAUGGCUCGCACAAGAAGGAGAAGAAGUUAUACAAUGACGGUUACGAUGACGAUAAUCACGAUUAUAUUAUUAAGCAGGGAGAGAAGUUCCUCGACCGGUACGAGAUCUCCUCACCGAUCGGAAAGGGAUCAUUUGGACAGGUUGUGAAAGCGUAUGACCACGAGGAACAGUGUCAAGUAGCGAUAAAAAUUAUUAAGAAUAAGAAGCCUUUCCUAAAUCAGGCACAAAUAGAAGUCAAGUUACUAGAAAUGAUGAACAGAGCGGAUGCUGAGAAUAAGUAUUAUAUAGUAAAACUGAAACGUCACUUUAUGUGGCGGAACCACCUGUGCCUAGUGUUCGAGUUAUUAUCGUACAACCUUUACGACUUGCUCCGAAACACAAACUUCCGAGGUGUUUCACUGAACCUAACGCGGAAGUUUGCGCAGCAACUAUGCACCGCGCUUCUGUUCCUUAGUCAACCAGAGUUAAAUAUAAUUCACUGUGAUCUUAAACCAGAAAAUAUAUUACUAUGUAAUCCAAAACGGUCAGCGAUAAAAAUCGUGGACUUCGGCAGUUCCUGUCAACUAGGACAAAGGAUAUACCAGUACAUCCAGUCGAGGUUCUACAGGUCGCCGGAAGUAUUAUUAGGGAUCCCGUACGAUCUCGCGAUAGACAUGUGGUCGCUCGGCUGUAUAUUGGUCGAGAUGCACACGGGCGAGCCACUCUUCAGCGGGGCCAACGAAGUCGAUCAGAUGAACAAGAUCGUCGAGGUUCUCGGAAUGCCACCGGAUCAUUUACUAGAUCAGGCACACAAAACGAGAAAGUUCUUCGAAAAACUGCCGGCGUCUGACGGCGGUGGUUACGUUUUGAAGAAAGUCAAUGGAAAAGAUGGAAGCGGGUACAGAAAGUAUCGAGCGCCCGGCACGAGGCGGCUCCACGACAUCCUCGGCGUGGAGGGAGGAGGUCCGGCGGCCCGACGACGCGGCGAGCCCGGGCACUCCGUCUCCGACUACCUUAAGUUUAAGGACCUUAUACUCCGCAUGCUGGAGUACGACCCGAAACAGCGCGUGACCCCCUACUACGCGUUACAGCACAACUUCUUCAAGCGGACCGCGGACGAGUCCACCAACACGCAGCAGCAGGCCACCUCGCACCACCAGCACGGUGCAGUCGCGGGCGUUGGACGUGUGUGGGGCGCCGAGCGCAUGGAUGUGGAAAGCGCGCGGCGCGAUGACGACAUGCUGCCCGCAGUUUGCACGCACAGCCCCGUCGCUAUACACUAGCGCCCCCUGCACCCCCGCGCCCCCCGCACCGCCGCGGCUGUCGCGCGACCCACGCGCGCGCGGACUAUCGACAGUUGUGUGUGUGUGUCGGUGGAGGCGAGCACGCCGCGAUCGAACGGUAUCGUCCGGUGUCGGGCGUCUGCAGUGUUGGUUCGUAACGUACGUUAUAUGACGCGCGAUAAGUCUGACUGUUAAACAAAAAAACAAACGUAAACUGUUGUGGUGACCGUGUAUCUCGUAUUAUUUGUUCUUGAUCGCUUCAACGACAGUACUUAGAAGAAUGUUCCGGGCGAUCGUGCCGUUUCUGUUCUGAGCGACCGGACGCGACGGGGGCAUGAAGGCUACGUUUUUUUAUUGUUACGCAAUGCAUAUCAAGGACGCAAUAUGGUAGUAAAUAAAUAUUGUAUAUAUAUUUAAAAAGAAAAAAAAAAUAGUAAACAGGACUAAUCGAUACAGACUGCAACGUUAACUGGAUAAUGUAUAGUUUAGUUACGAUCUAUGGCUAGUUAGGCUUUCUUUCAGUUAUAUGUAAAAUAACGCGAGCUUUAUAUAAUUUCUAAACUGUCGGCAACUGAUGACUGAAAUACAAAGGGCCAAUCAGAAUUUGAUUUAUACAAAAACACGUACAAAAACGUAAUAUGAAUAAAAAUUUCACUGACAAUUUGUAUUUGUGUAAAUAAACCUUUCGAUUCGACACAUCUUUUGUGUUUAUGAUUAUAGUUUUUUUUUUAUAUAUACAUAUAUAUAUCUAUAAAACGACGCCCUCGCAUUUCAGUGUUGUUGUGUAAUGGUAAUUUGAAAGUCGACUGCGGCGGUCCACUUUCAACCGCCGGUAUCAAAAUAAAUAUAUACAUAGUUAUUUUUGACCCAUCGGAUUAUUCAAACGAUGCGUAUAACAGUAAUAGUGAAUAGUUAACAUCUGUAAACCACGAAAAUGUACAUGUAGGUUACGAAUGUUGAAACAUAUAUAAAUAUAACAAAUAUAUAUAUUAUAUAAAAAUAUUUAUUAAUAAAAAAUCGGGUAUUUCAAAAUAGGACUAAAUUAAACUGAAUUAAUGACUCGUUCAACUAAUUUGGAUUUGAAUCUACAAUAGUAUAAAAAACCUCAAUGCAACAGACUGCUCGUAAAAAUAUUUGUAAUUAAAAUAUUUUGUAUAGCGUACACUGGAACACUGCCUUAAUGUGCCGGAAUAUUUUAUGUGAACGGCUCGCCACACAAGAGCAACUAAACAGUGCAGUUCCUCGAUGAUUUUAAUGGUAACUAUUUUAUUGCCUACGAUUAUUGGGCAACUAUUUUAGUUUACCACGAUUUCUUUUGUAAGCCUUACUUAUUGUACCAUGUUAUACUGUGAUCAACGAUUUUAAACUAAAUUUUUGCAUAUAAUUGAACAAAGACAUAUUGACAUAAUAAUUACGUGUUAAAUGCGUUGAUAACUAUUUAUAAAUUUAUAAAUAAUAAGUAAGAAUUGAAAACUUUUAUAUUUUUCAUAAAUAUGUAAAUAUUGAAAAUUGUGUAUAAAGUCGUGCUUAAUCGCUCGUUUGUGGCGGGCCUAUUAGCCUCGGCGACUUCAUUGUGGACACGGAUUAGCGAAAUUUUAAGUUAAAUUUUAAUUUAGUUGAAUUGACUGAAAGGUGUGCUCAUAAAGAAGUGGCCGAGGCCAAUAAAUUGAUAGCCAAUUAUUUCAUACUGUGAGAUAUUAAUAUGAAUUUUUAUAAAAUUCCCCCUCUCCUAUAAUAACAUGUAUUAUUUUAAAAAGAACAUAAGGCUCUUUGUUUUGCGCAUGAAGCAUUAAAGUAUUUUCAAAUUAUAGUACUGUAUUUUAUUCGAAUGCGUAUUGCUGUCCUUUUUAGUUGUUUGUAGAUUUGAAUCUAUUUCUAAUCUCACUGGUUUUGUACUAUACAUUAUUCACUAUGUAAUGUACUGUCCUAAUACUUUAUUGCUUCAUGAUGUUAGGAUCGUUAGCAGAUGUAUAAGGUUUAGGUAUGGGAUGCAUAUUUAAUUUUCAAUACAGAAAUAGGAUGACAUUACCGAGUCAGGGCAGGUUUCCUUUUAAAAACUUCUAAGAUUGUGUUCAUUUCAGUACCUUAUUGUAAAUACAUGAUAUCUACACUAUUAAAACUUAUAUUUUAGUUCACUGUAUUGUAUGAUUGACACAAUAAAAAUGUAUGUAUAGAAAAUAUACAGGUUGUACAAUGAACAUGCAUGUUAUAUGUGACAUGUAACAUUUUUCUUUUAAUUCCCAACGACCGUAAUGUAUUAUUUAUUAAUUUAAGUAACGGCCGAGGGAAUCUGCCGCACGGACGCUGUGUAAACUACGAGCUAGUCGCGAAGUUAACUGAUAGAGAACACAAAACACCAACAUUUAAUUAUUAUAGUACUAAAACUACAUACUCGAGAACGGCCCUAGAAUGUUUGCGCUUGGGUGUUAUUGUAAACGAUAUAUUUAUUUGUACUGUGACAAGAGGGACACUUGAUUGUAAGAGCUGGUGGUGCGCGCGAUGAGCUAUAAAUGUUUAUUUCCUAUCGGAUUGUCAGUUCGCAGGCAAUGUAACAAUAAAAGGAUAGAGCUUUAUGUCACUAAGUUUUGUAUUUUAAAUCAAUAAACGAUAGCAAUGA